AUGGGCAUAGGUGGCAGUUUUCCUGAGUUCAUCCUGAACUGCACCAAAUUGAAGCACCUUGACCUAUCAUGGAACAGAUUCUCUGGCCCGAUACUGGAGUUGCUACCCAAGACAGCUCCAAAUCUUACAUACCUAAAAUUAAGAGCGAACAGAUUCUCUGGGCCAAUACCAUGCUCUUUCGCAAAGCUAUCAAAGCUCGAAACUCUGCUCAUUUCAAUAAACAAUUUCACUGGGGAUAUCCCAGUGGAGGUUGGGACAAUGUUUGCAUUGUCAACACUUGACUUAGGUAACAAUACACUCAGUGGGCCAAUCCCUGAGAGAAUAUGCAGCCUGACAAAAGUGUGGUGGUUCAACCUUGCAGCAAACAAGCUCACUGGAAAAAUACCAUCAUGUAUCAGUAAUAUGACGGAACUGUUACGGCUCGAACUCUGGAACAACAAACUGGAGGGCGAGCUGCCUGCAGCCAUCUCUCAGCUGCCAAAUCUUAUGUAUCACUCUGUGGGCACAAACAGAUUGACUGGUGCUGUACCGAAGAAUCUUGGCCAGAUGCAACCACUCCUUAUUGUAGACUUGUCCAACAACAAUUUUUCAGGAGAAUUGCCACCUGAUUUAUGCAGCGGAUCUCAGCUUCAGCAAUUGGUGGUGAAAAAUAACAGCUUGUCGGGAAUGUUUCCGCCAUGUCCAAACCUGACUUAUGCUUGGAUAGGGCAAAACCACUUCUCUGGUGAUAUUGCACAGGUGCUACGAAUCCACACCACUCUGCGUGGACUUGAUGCAUCAAGAAAUCAAUUUACAGGGAUGCUUCCUCAGGAAUUCUGUCAGCUGGUUUUUCUGAAGUUCUUGGACCUAUCAAGCAAUCAGAUCUAUGGUGAUCUUCCUACUUGCUGGUCAAAUCUUCAAGAACUGGUUUUUCUAGAUUUGUCGAGCAAUGCCUUCUCUGGCAAUGUCCCAACCUCGACAAGCACUACCUGUCAAUUAACAUCAUUGCACUUGGCAAACAACAGCUUAACUGGAGGCUUUCCAUCUGCCUUAAGGUACUGUAUGAACUUAACAAUGGUAGAUCUUCAGGACAAUAGACUAUCUGGUGAAAUUCCUUCAACAAUAUGGGAAAGCAUGCCUUCUCUUCAGUUUCUUCAGCUAUACUCAUAUGUUUGA